UCAAUCUCCUCCGAUGCCUCCUCAAAAAAAAACCACAUUGCAAUGCCAUCCAAUUUAACCCAUCCAUCUUCUUCUCCUCCUCUCUUUAACCACCUCUAUUCUCUUUAACAACAUCCACAUACAAGAAAGGCAGGCGUCCCUUUGUGAUGUCAAGCUGGGAGUACUACUAGGACUAGUCUUUUUUAGACACAGUGGUUUGUUAUACAGAAGAUGACGCAGAGACUAGCCUGAUCAGAGUCGGCGACAACAAUAAUAAUGAUACUGCAGAUGCAUUGAUUAACUCCGAAAACAUAAAAUACAGAAAAAUUCAGAUUUGGGUCUUUCUUUUCGUGAAAAGAGGCCAAACGAAAAAAAAAAAAAAAAACAGGUACAGGGACUUUGAGGUGGGUGGAAAGGAGUUUAGCCAUAUCUGCACGCCAUUUUUUUGAGCUGGGAAAAUUGAGGUAAAACUCAAUCGGCCUUGUGAUUUCAUCGAGGAGAUUUGAGGGAUUAUGUGGAGGAAAUUUCAGAUUUGAGACCGGAUUGCCUUGUUUUCCUUUUUGUUAGGCCGGCUUUGGAGAAGGGGAGCCGAAAUCAUGGUGUCUACAAGGCGUGGUUCAGCUGGCUCAAAGCGGGCCUCUUCAUCCCCAGAUCUGCCCGGGUCUAAGCGUUCCAAGACCGAGGUGCAACCAGAGGAAGAGUGUGUUCGUCCUGAUGAUAGCGUGAAUUCAAAGGAACUGGCUUCUUCAUCCAACCCCACUGAGCAUCUGCAAGCCGAUCUGCAAAAUGAUUCGAGCAGGGAUGCUGUGAUGACUGAUUUGCCUGAGAAUGCUAACAAGGCCAAUGAAGGCUUUUCUGCAGAGGCAGAAGGUGCCGAAAAAGUUGCUGAAGUGCCUCCAUCUUCAGAGGUGGAGAAGCCUAAGGCUUCCCCUGCAGGUAGCAGGUUCCAGAAGCAUGACAUGAGCCGUACUUGGGGCAAGCUCAUUUCGCAGUAUCAACAGAAUCCAAGUGUAGAAUUACGUGGUGCAAGUUUUAGCAUUGGGCGAGGCAGACACUGCAAUAUCUGUAUUAAGGAUCCUUCUAUAAGUUCAAUAUUAUGCAAGUUGAAGUAUACAAUGCAGGACGGUGCUGUAGUAAUUCAACUCGAAAUUUCAGGGAACAAUGGGUGGGUUCAGCUCAAUGGAAAGAAUCUUAAGAAGACAAGUGUACCCAUUAAAGGAGGAGAUGAACUUAUUUUUAGCUCAUCUGGAAAUCAUGCUUAUAUUUUUGAACUGCUAAUAAAUGAAAAUAUCACAACUACACCUUUACCUACUUCAGUUAGCAUGACAGAAAAUCAAACGGUUACAGGGAAGGCACCACCAUUUGAAGCAAGGGCAGGAGAUCCUUCAGCUGUAGCUGGAGCAUCAAUUUUAGCAUCUUUGUCAAGUUUGCGGCAAGACUUAUCCAUGUUGCCUCCGCCUGCAGUUAACGGCGAAGAGAUUGGGCAAGGAAUUGAUAGGCCUCAAAUCCCUGCUCCAUGUGAUUUGUCAGAUGGAUCUAUCUCUGAUAUUGAAGUGGCCGGCCAAGCAGGAAAGGGGACCUCUGACACUGCAGGUGCAACAGAUAUACCCAUGAGUGAGAAAGCAUCUGUUAUUUUGUCUGCAGAUAUCACAGCAACCAAUGAUCAUUUAAAUCUUGAUAACUCAGAUGCAGGGAUAGAUACAGAUAUUGGGAAAUAUCCUGGUUUUGAUGAAUCGUUAAGACCUCUUUUGAAAUUGCUUUCAACGCCAGGUACAUGUGACAUGGAUCUAAAUGGGAAUCUUUUUAAACAAUUAUGUGAAGAGAAGAGGGGUUUUGGAAGAGAUGUUGAUAUGUCCACAGUGUCUGAUAAAUGCCAAGUUUUGAAGGAAGACUUAAGAAAAGGAAUUAUGUUGGGCAGAGAGACUAAUGUAUCGUUUGAGGACUUUCCUUAUUACCUAAGUGAGAACACAAAGAGUGUGCUGAUUGCAUCGACAUUCAUACAUUUGAAAAGGAAAGAUUUUACAAAAUUUACUAUUGAUCUUCCUACUAUAAGCCCCAGAAUAUUAUUGUCUGGUCCUGCAGGUUCUGAGAUUUACCAAGAAAUGUUGGUGAAGGCGUUGGCCAAUCAUUUUGAUGCAAAAUUGCUUAUAUUUGAUAGCAGUGCAAUGGCCUUAGGCUCAUCAGUAAAAGAUGCAGAAAUUUUGAAGGAGGCCCCGAAACACGAAUGUAAAUUCCUUUCGUUCAAACAAAGAAUAGGACAUGGGGAUAACUGGCCAUCAAAAAGUAGUAUGCCAUCGACCACAGAGGCAGAAAUAUGUACUUGUAACCCUGCUUCUGCAUCAAGUUCUCAGUCAAAACAGGAGACAUCAGCUAUACCUUCCUUCUCUGCUGCUGCAAAACCACAUACCUUUAAGACAGGUGAUCGUGUAAAAUUUGUUAGCUAUUCUCAGAGUUCAGGCUAUCUAUCUCCUACCCAGGGUCCUUCAAGGGGUCCUAGUUUUGGUAACCGAGGGAAAGUACUGUUAGCUUUUGAGGAUAAUGGAUCAUCUAAACUUGGUGUUCGAUUUGAUAAGCCAAUUCCAGAGGGUAUUGACCUUGGAGGGCUAUGUGAAGAUGAUCAUGGGUUUUUCUGCAAUGCAAGUGACCUUCGGUUGGAAAGUUCUGCUGGGGAGGACAUGGACAAGCUAGUUAUCAAUGCUCUUUUCGAGGUUGUGACAAGUGAAAGUAAAAUGGGUCCUUUGAUACUUUUUAUUAAGGAUGUUGAAAAGUCAAUAAUAGGAAAUUUAGAAUAUCAUGCUGCAUUCAAGAGCAAGCUUGAGACACUGUCUGAUAGUGUUGUUGUUGUUGGCUCUCACACACAAGCUGACAGUCGGAAGGAAAAGUCACAUCCUGGGGGUCUUCUAUUCACUAAGUUUGGAGGGAAUCAAACUGCCCUUCUCGAUUUUGCAUUUCCAGAUAACUUGAGACUGCAUGAGCGAAACAAAGAGGCCCCAAAAGCAAUGAAAUUACUUUCCAGGCUCCUUCCAAAUAAAGUGACUGUGCAGAUGCCUCAGGAUGAAGCCCUUCUUGUUGACUGGAAGCAGCAGUUAGAGAGGGAUGUUGAAACACUUAAAGCAAAGGCAAAUCUGCUAUACAUUCGAACUGUUCUUUCUCGGAACAAUCUGGAGUGUGAAGGGAUUGACACUAUUUGUAUUAAAGAUCUAGCUCUUUCAAAUGAAAGUGCGGAGAAAAUUGUUGGAUGGGCUUUGAGCCAUCAUCUCAUGAAUAAUUUAGAACCGUGUUCUAGAGAUGGAAAACUUGUUAUCUCUAAUGAAAGUAUCCAUUAUGGGCUUAGCAUUUUACAAGGAAUCCAAAAUGAGUCACGGAGUUCUAAGAAGUCUCUGAAGGAUGUUGUUACCGAGAACGAGUUUGAAAAGAGGCUCCUGGGAGAUGUGAUUCCACCUAGUGAUAUUGGAGUUACCUUUGAGGACAUUGGAGCUUUAGAAAAUGUGAAAGAUACACUUAAAGAGCUGGUGAUGCUGCCUUUACAAAGACCUGAGCUGUUUUGUAAAGGACAGCUGACAAAGCCCUGCAAAGGUAUUCUUCUCUUUGGCCCUCCAGGAACUGGGAAAACAAUGCUUGCUAAAGCUGUUGCAACUGAAGCUGGUGCAAAUUUCAUAAACAUUUCAAUGUCAAGCAUUACAUCAAAGUGGUUUGGUGAAGGUGAAAAGUAUGUCAAAGCUGUAUUUUCACUAGCAAGUAAAAUUUCUCCCAGUGUCAUAUUUGUUGAUGAGGUUGAUAGCAUGCUAGGCCGAAGGGAGAAUCCUGGAGAACAUGAGGCUAUGCGCAAGAUGAAGAAUGAGUUUAUGGUAAACUGGGAUGGAUUGCGCACUAAAGAUAAAGAGAGAGUCUUAGUUCUUGCUGCCACUAAUAGACCAUUUGAUCUUGAUGAAGCUGUCAUUCGAAGACUGCCUCGGAGGUUAAUGGUGAACUUACCAGAUGUGCCAAACAGGGUCAAAAUCUUGAAGGUGAUACUUGCAAAAGAGGAAUUGGCACCAGAUGUUGAUUUGGAUGCAAUUGCAAAUAUGACAGAGGGAUACUCUGGAAGCGACCUGAAGAACUUGUGUGUUACAGCUGCACAUUAUCCUAUCCGGGAACUUUUGGAAAAAGAGAAGAAGGAAAAAGCAUUAGCAAUAGCAGAGGGCAGGUCACCACCAUCAUUAAGUGGUAGUGCAGAUGUUCGUUCUUUACAUAUGGAUGAUUUACGAUGUGCUCAUGAACAGGUAUGUGCUAGUGUUUCUUCAGAGUCAUCAAAUAUGACUGAACUACUUCAAUGGAAUGAGCAAUAUGGUGAAGGAGGCUCAAGGCGGAAAAAGUCACUCAGCUAUUUUAUGUAGGCCGAUAUGUACAUAACAGUUUUUUAUUGCUGACCUUGACUGGUAUUUAUUUCUUUGAAGUUGGACCGUUGGAAUCCUUUGUGGGAAUGUCAACAUUCUCACACCGAAGUCGCAGUUUGCAUCAUCUGUAUAAUAUCCUUUGCUGUUUCUCGGAACCGACCACCCGAGUUGAAUUUUGUACUUUACUGCUAGCUGGGUUAAGAGUUUUGGACAUUGCUGCUAGCUGGGUUAAGAAUAUUUUUUGUACGAAGGUCGUUACAAGUCUCUGCACUGGUUCUUGUGACCUAUGAAGGUGUUCUGAAACAAGGUGUAAAUGUCACAACUAUUGUUUCCAUCAAGACUCUGCAUUGGUUGCAGUAAUGCCUACUGAGUUUAAAUGUUGCCAAAGUGGAAUUCUUUCUUUUAUGUAUCAAUCAACUAAUAGUAUCUAAACGAUACUAUAUGUUCUAUUAAUGUGGAUAAGCUCAGUAUUAUAUAUAAUAUGGCUAAAGAGGAAUUCUUUUUGUUACGCACCAAACAAUUAUUAGUAUCUAAGAGAUACUAUACUUCCUAGUAAUGUAGCUAAGUUCAGUAUUGUAUCUGGUCGUUCUCAGUUUGAAAAGAUUAAGGACCUUAUUUAUAUGGCUACACAAUCAAGCCUCAUCUUGUUGAUUAUAUGUGUACCUUAAGGCCUUACACAUAAUGCAUUAAUCUUGUAGUUUGCAUGUGUAAGGUCUGUUUUCCAUUUUCUAUUGCAGUAGAAUAUUUUUUUAUUUCCAUCUUAGCCCAUGUUGUUAUAAACAUUAUUGGGAUUAUUAAAGUUUAGCUAUAGAAUUUCUGUA